AUGGCCAGGAUGGAGGCCACGAACGCGGAGGAGCCGCCUUGGAUUAUGGGUAAUCUGAGAGAAGACAAGCGGACGCUGUUGAACUAUGGUUCUGAAGCAAAGCAAACACAGCUGACCUCUGAACUUUUCUAUCAAGACACGCCUGGACGACUCCACUUGGUCGACCCGUACCCAACAGAUGAAGGCGCAGUAGCAAACGAAGGAUUGGUGAAGCGUGCCAACCUGACCCGUAACAGUCACGAAGUGGACCUCAUAGGACCGCUACACGUCGAUCUGUUCCAUCAAGACCGCUAUUUGCUCAGCAAAGUCGACGUUAAAAUCAAGCUGCAUCGAUCGAAACAUCAAUUCUGUCUGAUGUCACCAGGAGAUCAGUUCAAAGUUGUCAUCAGUGAGGCUGCCGUCUUUCUGAGAAAAGUCAACCUGUUACCCACCUAUCAGCUGUCCAUCGAAAGUCAACUCAACAAGCAGACGGUCAAGUAUCCUCUUAGGAGGGUUCAAUUAAAACCGUUCACAAUUCCGCGUGGUAACCAUUCAGUGUCGAGCGACAAUCUGUUCCUGGGACAGGUCCCCAAACGCGUGGCGAUUGCUCUGGUGGACAACGCAGCCUUCCAGGGGUCUUUUGGUACCAACCCCUUCAACUUCCAGCACUUUAACUUGAACUACAUCAGUCUCUGUGUCAAUGGGCAGGAGGUGCCUCACAAAGCGCUGACACCCAACUUUGCCGAGGGACAGUACAUCAGAUCCUACAUGAACUUGUUCGGACCAACAGGCAAACAAGGACAAGACUGUGGGAACCAGAUCGCGAGAAGUGACUAUAGCCAGGGCUUCACGGUGUGGUGCUAUGACCUCAGUCCUGACCUCUGCGGCCUCGGUGGGGAUCAUUUUAACAUAAUCAGACAGGGAAACCUUCGCCUGGAGCUGCACUUUGCACAGGCUUUGGAUCAGACAGUGGUGGCGGUGGUCCUCGCUGAAUUCGACAAUCUCCUGGAGAUUGACAGGCAGAGAAACGUCAGCUUUGACUACAGCAACUAG